AUGGCUGAGGGCUGUCCCAACAUUGGCCGCCUGGGCCUGCCCCACGGGCCGUCUGGAGAGAAGGUGGCCGUGGUGGCUGUGGACGACUGUGACACGGCCGUGGCGGUGCGCUUCAGCAGCCUCGUCGGGAACUACAGCUGCGCUGCCCAGGGCACACAGAGCGGCUCCAAGAAGUCCCUGGAUCUGACCGGCCCUCUGCUCCUGGGAGGCGUCCCCAACCUGCCCGAAGCCUUCCCGGUGCGCAACCGGCAGUUUGUGGGCUGCAUGCGGAACCUGUCUGUGGACGGGAGGAACGUGGACAUGGCCAGCUUCAUUGCCAACAACGGCACCAGGGCAGGCUGUGCUGCUCAGAGGAACUUCUGUGAUGGGACCUGGUGUCAGAAUGGGGGCACCUGUGUUAGCAGGUGGAACACUUACAUCUGUGAGUGCCCACUCCGGUUCGGCGGGAAGAACUGCGAGCAAGUCAUGCCUCACCCCCAGCGCUUCAGCGGGGAGAGCCUCGUGUCCUGGAGCGACCUGGACAUCACCAUCUCCGUGCCCUGGUACCUGGGGCUCAUGUUCCGGACCAGGAAGGAGGACAGCGUGCUGAUGGAGGCCACAGCAGGCGCAUCCUCCAGGCUCCAUCUCCAGAUCCUAAACAACUAUGUCCAGUUUGAGGUGUCCCAUGGUCCCUCAGAUGUGGCAUCCAUGAGCUUGUCCAGGUCACGUGUGACUGACGGGGAGUGGCACCACCUGUUGAUAGAACUGAAGAGCGCCAAGGAGGGCAAAGACAUCAAGUACCUGGCGGUUAUGACUUUGGACUAUGGGUUGGACCAGGACACGGUGCAGAUCGGGAACCAGCUCCCGGGGUUGAAGAUGAGAAGCAUCGUUGUGGGCGGUGUGUCGGAAGAUAAGGUCACGGUGCGCCGCGGUUUCCGGGGCUGCAUGCAGGUACGGCUGAGCCGUGGGGGCCACCCGCAGUGCCGUUGGUCAACCUGCUGGUUUUCAGUAAAUGAAUAAUUUGUCUCACAGCCAACCCCGCCUUAGCAGAUCCUGCUUCCAGCUUAGACCCAUGCUCCCCACAGUCCCCCUCCAGACGCCCCCCUGCAUCCCCAUCACCGCGCCAUGGUCCAUCAGCUGCAGCUCUGCCUUCAUGUCCUGUCUGGAAUGUGGCCCCUCCCCCCCACACUCACCUGAACGAGUGUCA